GUUUGCUGGCUGGAACAUGUGGAAAUGCAAGCAGUGAGGAGGUUGUCUACGUUCAGUCUCUGCAGUAAGAUAGCUGCACACUGCCAGUGCAGGUCAUCAUGCUCAAGCACAGAAAGAGAUCUAUAUGAGAAACUUAAGUUUUCUGGACCAAUAUCUGUUGCAAAUUACAUGCAAUAUGGUCUUACACACCCUUCUCAUGGUUACUACAUGAAGCGAGAUGUGUUCGGUAGUCAUGGCGACUUCAUUACCUCUCCCGAGAUCAGUCAGGUGUUUGGAGAGCUGCUGGCAGUGUGGAUGCUUGCUGACUGGAAGGGUGCUGGGGAACCAGGGAACUGUCAGCUGGUGGAGCUGGGUCCAGGGAGGGGCACUCUCAUCAAAGACAUGCUCAGAGUGUUCAGCCAUGAGAGAUUAAAGUCCAUUCUCAAUGGCCUGACCAUUCAUCUGGUUGAGGCCAGUCUGGCACUGUCUUCCAUACAACAGCAAACCCUCACAGAGAGCCCUGCUAGCACACCCCCUCCUAACGAUGCCCCACCCUCCAAUCCGUACCAGAGUUGCAGGCUAGAGGCUCACGGCGGGGUGGAGGUGCAUUGGUACAAGAAACUAGAGGAUGUACCAAGAGGUUUUUCAUAUUUUUUUGCCCACGAGUUUUUGGAUGCUCUGCCCAUUCAUCAGUUUCAGAAAACCCCCUCAGGCUGGAGAGAGGUACUGGUGGACAUUGACCCCUCUUCUGAGGGACGUCUCAGAUUUGUGGUAGCCCCUGGUCCUACUGUGGCUUCCACUGCAUACGCCUCACUGCUCCCGCCCACCCACGAGUGUGAGUGGUGUGAGGUGUGCCCUGAGGGGCUGGUGACGGUUAAGGAGAUGGCUCAGAGGAUCAGAGAAGUGGGGGGAGGGGCUGCUCUCAUCGCUGACUACGGGGAGGAUGGCACAAAGAAGAAUACACUGAGAGGUUUCAAGAACCACCAGUUGCACGAUGCCCUUGAGUCCCCAGGCUCAGCUGACCUCACUGCAGAUGUGGAUUUUGCAGCCGUCAGGAGAGCGGCACUUUCAGAAGAGGUUGGCUGUCAUGGACCCAUCACACAGAAUGAGUUCCUACACAAGCUGGGAAUACGGCAAAGAUUAGAGGUGCUGAUGAGAGGGGCCAACCCGUCUCAAGCAAGGGACAUUGUGAGCAGUUACGAGAUGCUCACCUCUCCAGAGAAAAUGGGACAUAGAUUUAAGUUUAUGUCAUUAACUGCACACCCUCAACUAGUACCAGUACCAUUCUUUAAUGAUGUCACAAUUAUAGAACAAUAAUGUAAUAUUUCAAUGAGCAAAUUAUUGCAUAAGUUACGUAUUUAAUUGCUAA